AUGGUUCCAAUUUAUUUCUUUAUCAGCGUUUUUUUUUUAAUCUUGAGUUUCUUUAUAUUGGGUAUUUUUAUCCUGUACUGGGACACUCCUACUGUUAGAGCCAAUAACAGGAACCUCAGCUUCCUCCUCCUUGUCUCCAUCAUGUUGAGCUUCCUCUGUGUGUUUCUGUUCCUCGGUCGUCCUGAGGAUGUAACCUGCAUGCUGCGCCAAACAGCUUUUGGGAUCAUCUUCUCAGUAGCUGUGUCCUGCGUGUUGGCCAAGACCUUAAUGGUUUGCAUCGCUUUCAAAGCCACCAAACCUGGGAGUUACUGGAAAAAAUGGAUGGGAGCCAAAGUGUUCAACAUUAUAGUUCUGAUGUCUUCCUCCAUUCAGGUUUUCAUUACCAUUAUUUGGUUGGCCAUUUCUCCUCCUUUUCAGGAGCUGGACAUGCACUCAUACAAUGAAAAGAUCAUCGUUCAGUGUAACGAGGGCUCGGUUAUUGCCUUCUACUGUGUCCUGGGUUAUAUGGGGCUUCUGGCAGCUGUUAGUUUUAUUAUAGCUUUUUUAGCCAGGACAUUACCAGACAGUUUUAAUGAGGCCAAGUACAUCACCUUCAGCAUGCUGGUGUUCUGCAGCGUUUGGAUUGCGAUGAUCCCGGCUUAUCUGAGCACCAAAGGAAAAUACAUGGUGGCCGUAGAGAUUUUUGCUAUAUUGGCAUCAACUGCUGGGUUAUUAAGCUUUAUGUUUUUACCAAAAUGUUACAUUUUGCUAAGAAAAACAGAGAUAAACAGAAGACAUUUAUUGAAGCAAUAAAUGAGAUGAGGUUUAAUAGCCAUUCCUUUAUCA